UCGGUGUCGACUUUUGAGGCCCAAUCUAAUGUGGCUGAGAAUUUCGAUACAAAGAUGAAAAGAUAAACGACGACGAAGCAGAGCAGCAGACUCCAUUAACACAAAAAUGAAAGUUGGCAGCGGAUUGGUGUACGGAGGACCUCGAGCCACCUCUGUUCUUCUUCGGCACAGUAGAGCUGGACCACACUGCUCUUACUCCUCUGCCACUCCUGACCAUGUGUUUUUCAUUAAGGAGGUGGCAGCAACUCAGCCUCCACAGCAUUUGAGCCAGUUGCUGACAAUGCUCAAGACAAAAGGUGAAUCUAUUCUUUCUCCAGGAGCCAAAGAAGGGCUAAUCCCCCUUGCCAUACCACUAGCAAAAAAUAGCUCAGGUGCUGUAACUGCACUUCUCCGGUGGCCUACAGCUCCUCCAGGUAUGGACAUGCCAGUAGUCGAGGUCAGGAAGCAUGGGGUGUGGCUUUUAGCCAAGAAUGUGGACCAAUUAAUUCACAGAAUCCUAGUUGAAGAAGAUGCUAAAAACUCUGGAGAAAGCAAUGAGGAGCUAUUUCAUGCUUCUGCUGAUGUUGGGGAGAAACUUUAUAAAAAGGGUGACUUUGCCAAGUCGCAGAUUUCAAAACUAGAUAUUUACCUUUUAAGAAAAGUUGGUUUAUUUCCAGAUGUCUUGGAGCGCAAAGUGAAGUGGCAUUUUGAGGAAGGGGACCAUGUAUCGGCUUUGGUGACGGGAGAAUUCUAUACAAAGAAGGAGCAUUUUCCUGGAUUUGCACGGCCUUAUGUAUUCAAUGCUGAGGUUUUGCUGAAGGUUGGGCGUACUGUUGAAGCAAAAGAUGCUGCUAGGGGAGCUCUAAAAUCACCAUGGUGGACUCUGGGUUGCAGCUACCAGGAAGUUGCUGAUAUAGCACAAUGGGAGGACGAGCAAAUUGAGUACAUUAAGGAGAAGGUGACUGACGAGGGAAGGCAAGCAGAUCUUAAAAAGGGAAAGGCCCCAGCUCAGGUUGCAUUGGAUGAAGCAGCUUUUUUGUUGGAUCUAGCUUCUAUUGAAGGGACUUGGGAUGACCAUGUGGAGCAGGUUGCUGAUCGUUACAGAGAGGCUGGCCUCACUGAUAUUGCAAGAUUUGUACUAUACAGAGAAUGAUAAUGAAGAUAAAGAGAUUUAUGUCACACCGAAUAUACAGCGUCGCAGAACCAGCUUCAUGACUGGAGAGAUUUUUCUGCCGAGUGAUUAAUAUGUGCACGUCUUUCCGGAUUUGUCUCUGUUACCUAAUUUGUUGACUCAUUGUUGGUACAUAACAUAUCACUUUUAAUUAUUUUUCUUGUGAAGGCUGGUUGAUUUCCAGCUGAGAUUGCUGAGGCAUUGGCCCAUUAUAGAAAGAGAAAUGAAAAAGAAGUGUGAAUUUGCUUAA